GGACGUGAACCCGCCAGAGGAGCAGAGGAGAUACGACGCAGAACGCGGAGGAAACCGAGGGGCCCCCGCUGUGCUGCAGACAAGAAAUGCUCAGAUCCAUGCAGUCAACACAACAAGGGGUCUCUUCAGCUGCUCUCAGCGUGCUGUAAAGAAAACAUGCACUGCUGCUUUAGUCACUGGACAAAGAAGGCACAGCUGACGACCAAUAUGGACCUGCAGCAGCCGGGUGUUUUUCAAAAUUCAUAGUUUUCUGAUCUGCAGCUGUGUCUCCUCCAAACACUGAGGAGUGCUGAUCUGUGACUAAACCCCCUACAGGUCCUCUGUCUUGUGUUACAAUGAUGUCAGUGGACGUGACCCAUCGCAAUGGCCCUGCUGCCACGCCUCCCACCUCUCUUAGCCUCCGCUCUUCACACAAUCAGCUACUUAGUGGCGACGUCAUCAAGCAAGGCUCGGACACCCCCCCCAAGUGUCGCAAAAAGUAUGCUCUCACAAGUAUUCAGGCUGCCAUGGGCCUUGGAGAAAAUGCACCAGCUUCAACAUCGUCGUCAUUGUCCCCGUCGCAGCCUGUUGCACCCAAUAACCCCAAACUAGCCAAGAAUGGUGCCAACCAGCUGCGUAAAGCUGGUCAGGACCACAAUAAAAACACAACCGACCCUGAUCUAACAGAAUCAGAGUGUAAUCCAGAACCAAUACCUGAGGAUCCCAAUGUUAACACAGUAGUAGAAGAGCACGACAGUCACUCUCUCACCAACAAUGACCGAGAGGAGGAUGUGUUUGAGUUGGAUGCUGAGCAGCGGCCAAGUUCCACCAGUGAUGUUGAGACAGAGGCGAAAGCAGAAUCGGAUGCAGACUGUAACAUUAACAGGGCAGGGGAGAUCAGAACCAACAGCAGUACGUCAGAUUUAGACUUUGACUUAAACAUUGAGGCGGAGGAGCCUGACGACAUAAGCAUUCUGUCUGAAAAGGAAAUCUCAACAACGAUGAAGAUAGAGGAAGAUGAGGUGGUUGAGGAGCUAGAGGAUGAGGAGAAAAAGCCAUUGCUAAUGCUGGAAAGUGAUUUCCCUUUAAAUGAGGGGAAAGUUUCUCCAGGUUCUGAAAUCAUCUCUGAACUCCAGUCCAACCUCUGCCUCCUCCAAUCAGGAAAGACCUCCGGGGUUCUUCCCCCGCUCUCUCCGCCAAGGCAAGGCAGCCCAGAAGACAUUGCCCUGCUCUCUGCUGCCUCCUGCCCUUCCUCUUCCUCCUCCUCUCCAGAGACAAAGAAGGACAGGAGGACUGGCGCAAAGACAGACUGUGCUUUGAACCGCAUCCAGAAUCUGAACCCCAGUGAUGAAGAAUUGAGCUGGACUACCCUGUCCCAAGACAGCAACUCCCCGGAGGAGACAGAUAUCUGGAGUGAGCAGUCAUUCCAGACCGAUCCCGACCUGCCUCCAGGAUGGAAGAAGAUCACAGACAUGGCCGGUAUCUACUACUGGCACAUUCCUACAGGCACCACCCAGUGGGAGCGGCCCUCCACCCGUCCUUCUCCACCUGGACAGACUGAGACCCCGGCCCUGGCUGAUCCCACGGCCCCCGCUCCACGUAAACACUCCCUGGCCUCCCUCAGCCCCUUACCCACUCCAGACCAUGAGUCAUGCCAGGCAGAGAUCUUCUUUAGGGCGUCAACUCGUUCGGGCAGCACCACCUCUGACAGCUCAGUGGAGCCUCUGUCCACUCAAGAGUCCACUCUCCCCACAUGUGGAUUUGUCAACAGCUGCUACUUUCCUCGUUCUACAUCUCUACAGGAGACACCAGAUCAAGAAAGUCGUUCUCAGCAUCACGAAGAUGAAGACAAGAAGCAGGUGUGGAGUGAAUUUGGAGGAAAAAUUGAUAGUGAAGUGUGGAAGGACCUGCAGGCAGCCACGGUGAACCCUGACCCCAGUCUGAAAGAGUUUGAGGGUGCCACGCUUCGCUACGCUUCUCUAAAGCUGAGGAACCGUCCAGCCACGGAGGAAAAUGAGUCCAGCAGAGUAAACAGUGACCCAGAGGCUAAGUGUUUUGCAGUGCGCUCCUUGGGUUGGGUAGAGAUGGCCGAGGAGGACCUGGCUCCCGGGAAGAGCAGUGUAGCCGUCAACAACUGCAUCCGACAACUGUCCUACUCCAAGAAUGACAUACGGGACACUGUUGGCAUCUGGGGUGAGGGUAAAGACAUGUACCUGGUGCUGGAGAACAACAUGUUGAACCUGGUCGACCCAAUGGACCGCAGUGUGCUUCAUUCCCAGCCCAUUGCAAGUAUCCGUGUCUGGGGCGUUGGCCGGGACAAUGGCAGAGAGAGGGACUUUGCAUAUGUGGCGCGGGACAAAAACACCAGGAUCCUGAAAUGUCAUGUGUUCCGCUGUGACACGCCAGCCAAAGCCAUUGCCACAAGCCUGCACAAGAUCUGCUCCAGGAUAAUGACAGAGCGAAAGAAUGCCAAAGCAAUGGCAGUAGGUUCACUUCAGGACAGGAUGCAGGCGGGGAUGGAUCUCCCUUUACAAGCAGAGUUCCCUACACCAAAGACUGAGCUGGUUCAGAAGUUUCAGGUGCUCUAUUUGGGUAUGAUGCCUGUGGCCAGACCAAUAGGCAUGGAUAUACUGAACGGAGCUAUCGACAGUCUCAUUGGCUCGUCCAACAAAGAAGACUGGACUGCUGUGGCCCUUAAUGUGGCAGAUGCCACUGUGACCAUCAGCAAAGACAAGGACGAAGAAGAAGUGCUGGUGGAGUGUCGGGUCCGUUUCCUGUCCUUCAUGGGCGUCGGUCAUGAUGUGCAUACGUUUGCCUUCAUCAUGGAUGCUGGAAGCCAUCGCUUUGACUGCCAUGUCUUCUGGUGUGACCCCAAUGCUGGAAGUGUGUCUGAAGCCGUGCAGGCAGCUUGUAUGCUGCGGUAUCAGAAAUGCCUGGUGGCACGGCCGCCCUCCCAGAAGGCCUGCGGCUCGUCGCCCCCCGGAGACUCCGUGUCCCGCCGGGUCUCGACCAGCGUGAAGCGAGGCGUCCUGUCUCUCAUUGACACCCUCAAACAGAAGAGACCCGUCACAGAGCUGCCGCAGUAAUGGCAGCGAGCCAGUACUGGCAUCCUAACACAGCUCCUAGUCACCAUGGAAGCUUCAUCGCUUCGCUGCCAAAGCCAUCACAUACUCCAGCAACCAUAGAAUAGCUGCUGGUUUGGUGGAGUCCCCAGUAGGUUUUGGAAGCAAAUAUUAAUGUUUCUUGGUUGAGUAGUUGUUCAAAAAAACAAUUCCAAAUCAAACAGGAGCAUCCGAGGAAGAGGUGUACAUUACUCUCAUUUCUCUCAGUAACAGCGUGAGGAGAAGAGGGAACAACUUGAAGAAGCAGCAGGCGCUCCUUCAAGCACAGCAUGUGUACCAUGACCGAGCUCAUUGCUGACCAAAACGCUCAUCUCUCCAUGCUUUCUGUGUAUCCGUGUCUCUGCCUGUCAGCAUGAUGCUCCACACCAGGCCAUGUUCCCCGUCAUCUUUUAAUCUGUAGUGGCUCUUCUCCCUCACUGAUGCUCCCUCUCAUCGUCCUUAGUAGAUCUAAACUUCAGAACAAAACAAAGAGAGCAAACAGGUGAGAAAAGCCAUCUUGUUCCUGGACGAACAAAGGAAGCUACUACAGACUUUAGAGAUUCCACUGCAACCUGUUCAGCUGAGCGUGCAUGAAGUUGUUUUUUUUUUUAUCUAAAUGUGAACCAUUGUAAACAAUGUGGAAACAAUGCUGCUGCUUUCAGAGACAGAAGGAGGUAAUUAAGAAGGCCACAGAUAUUUUUAGGCUUGGAACGAGUGGUGACUUAAAUCAUCCUUCAUAUCCCUACUGUUUACGUUUUAUGUUUGUUUUUGUUUUUGUUCUGGUCAUCUUAUAAGAAAUGACACAUAAUAGCCAUAACAGAGGAAGAGCUGUGGACAGUUUUCCCUGUCUGGUAACCAGUGCCAGACUUGCUGCUUCAAACACAGGAGACAUCAGCAUGCUGGAGGGAAAUCUGACAGAUCGUUCUCUUCAGUCCCACCUCACUCCCUGGUAACUUUGAGUCCUCUAAGAAAGGGGGAUUGCCUGGAGGAAGAGAUGGGAGACUUUAGGAAUGUGUUUUUCUAUCUCUGUAUGAUUGGUUGGGUUUAAAUCUUGAAAAGAAAUGAAGCGAUUUAUCCCUCGGCCUUCUCUGUUUUCAAGGGAAAACCCACCAGAAUGUUGGAGGGGCUCAAACCGAGCAGGGCUUUCCUGUUAUCCAUUUCCUGGGUUCUUCCACAGGCGAGAGCGUUUUUUUUUUUUUAAAGAAAAUCUUUCUUUGAAUUUGUCUUUACCAGUGCCAUAAAUUCACUAGCUUUGGAUCCGUUUUCAAGAUACACAAAUCUCCUUUCCACUUUGCUAGCUCUGUACUCUCACAUACCUGACGUGCUUGGAUGUAGGGAAAUCUGUUAUUCCACCUUAAAUCUCAGACACAGUUUGCUAAGCCCCUCCUCCAAGACAUUAUCCAGUCACAGCCUGAAUGGCUUUGCUUUUAAUUCAAAUUAUUUUGAUGUUUGAAAGAGUGACAGUUACAGUUCUGACUGGUAUACUUAAGGAGGGCAGGGCCUAGCAAACCAAGCGCUUAUAAAUCAAAUGUUCUAUGAAAGAAUUAGUAUACCACAAAGAAAACUGUUGGCUUUUCACCAUAUUCAUAUUUAUAUAUAUAUAUAUAUAUAAGAAGGAAGUGCUUGAACUGCAAAAAUAGGUAAAUUAGAAAAUCACUCCAUUUUUGUUCUGUUGAGAUAUUAAAUCCACCUAUGGCCUCAAAGGCCUAAGGUCCUUCUCUGGAACUACUGAUAAAGUCGGAGCUGGACGAGCAGCCCAGAGGUUUUGUUCAACAUGGCUGCCUUUCAUAUAAAAUUCAGUAAGAGCAGCCCGAAUAAACUAUUUAUUAACACUUCUGAUGGUUUGUUUCUUAUUCCUGCGCUCUGUUUCGUGUAAUACCUGGGUUUCAGGGGGAAGGUUCGUGGUUGGAAGACUUGAUGCCAUGAGAAAAUAACAUCAGCCCUAUUACACAUUUAACACUGUAGCAAACACAAUUUGAUCAGGAAAUAAACCAGCCUGCCACUGAUUUAUUUUAUUUGUUUUUUGCCCGACAUGUCGAAGCGGUAGACAGUCCACUCACCCUAAAGGCUGAAAGCUUCAAACAACCCAGUUUUAAGAUUGAUGGAAUUACAGCGGAGAAAACACAAAUACAUAUUAUUUUUAUGCUUUUUUUGGGAUUAGACCCUCCUUAAAUUGCGUCAAUAAAGAAACCUUUGCUGUAUUUGUGAAACGGACAAGAUUAAUUUCUAAUUUUCUUGAAAAUACUGUUAGUUUAGUUAAAUAAAUCAAAUUCAUGUUCAAAACUUAACAGAAAUAACUGCUUUCUGAAAAUUCAGUUUUGUAAAGAUGGUCCAUUAAUUUGCCGCUCUUGCUGUUGUUGACCUAAUUUGGUUUUCUUCUGACUGCUAUUUAGAUUUUUUGUUUUAGAUUUUUGUUUUUGCCCUUUACUGUAAUUUUCCUUCUUACACUUCUUUGUCUCCUUCAAUCUUUCCAUAAUGUAAAGCUGGAUGUGCUCGUAAUGCAAAUCAUGUUAACGUAAAACCUAAAUAGAAGUUCCUGCUUCAGUGAGGGUCAAUAGUUUAGUUUUUGAAACAUGCUGGAUGAAGUCAACAUUUUCCAUGUGGUGUACUAACUCGAAACAUGAUUGCUGGUGCAUCUUUCUUGUCUUGGCCACAGUUUGUGAGCUCCAAAGUCAAAUCACUCAACUGAAAAGAGCUAGUUUUGUAACACUGAUGGGAAAAUUCAGCCAGUUCCCUUCCUUUUUCACAGAAAGAUGUUGACGUGUGAAUAAGUCUGUGUGUACAGAAAAUCCACUCAGUGUAACAUUUAUUAUUGUUAUAAGCUAUGUCUUUAUUUUUGAAUGUCUCUUAUUUUCUUAUACGUUAUAAAAUUGCCUUUUCUGAAUCAUACCAAAUGGCCAAAGUGUAAAAUACGUAUAUAAAUUGUUGUUGAUAGGAAAAUAUGGAAGCAAAUAAUGAAAAAGCGAGGAGGUGAUUGGAAAUUUUUACACCUAAGUUGAUGCUGAAUUUAACUGUGUGAUUUUUUAUCUAUGCAUUCUUUUGAUCUGGAACAAAAGGAAAGUCAUGAGGAGCGUUGCAUGUUCUUGGAUGGUCGAAAGAGUUUUAAACAAAACUAUUUUUUAUUUUAUUUAUUCUAUUUUAUAAAAGGUAUAUACUGAUUUUAUUCGUUGGGGGCAAGUCUCUUGAUGCUAUCAUUAUUUCAGACCCUAGUUGACUCAGACAUCGCAAAAAGCUCCGGUUUGCUGAAGCAAAGCAGAUAAAGGAAUAUAUCUUCACCCUGUACAGUGAUCACUUUACCGCUGGGGUCCACUGCUGCUCAGAGCGUCAGACAGAGGAGGAAGAGGGCAGCAGGAGUGGACUCACAGCCCUUCUGUCAAACUCACACAGACACACAGAGUCCGGUCGAUGGAUGUGUUAGCUUCCGUUUGCUGCUCACUGAUUUGUACACUUUAGCAAUGUAACCGAUUGUUAGAAUAAAUGGUAUAAAACACA